AUGGGGAAUCCCUUUUCGAAUGUUAUAAUGGGCAAGAAAUCUUAAUUAAUAAUGCUAGGAUUUGACUUUACAGGAAAAACAACAAUUCUAAAUAAAUUAAACUUAGGAGAUAUAGACUUUGAAAUUCCUUUUAUCGGGUUUAAUAUUGAAAAAGUAAAGACUAAAUAGUUUCAAAUAAUAUCAUGGGAUGUAGGAGGUGCUGAUAAAAUAAGAAUAAUUUGGAAACCUUACUUUGAGAGCGGCAAAGGAUUCAUUUACGUUAUAGAUUGUUCAGAUAGAGACAGAAUUACUGAAGUAACUGGAGAACUACAUAAGUUGAUGCUUGAACCUUCGCUAAACGGUUUGCCACUCUUAAUAUAUGCAAAUAAAUAAGACCUGAUGAAAAUGAACUCAGAAGAAAUCGCCUCUGAAUUGUAGAUAUAAAAAAUAUCUAAAAAUUGGUAUAUUUAACCAUGUUGUGCAAUAACAGGAGAAGGUCUAGAAGAAGGACUUAAUUGGAUUUAAAAAUAAAUAAAAUGA